UUCUGAUAGGCCCACAGUGAGGAAGCGGAUUAUGGCGGCGUAAACAAGGCGAGGGUCGGUUAUUUGGUGAAGCAGUCAUCGCAAAUAAACUUAACAAGCACAGCCACAGUUAAAAUAACUAUGUGUUCUGUAAAAGGUUUUAAUCUCUGGUUGGAAACUUUAAAAACUCAACAAACUGAUUAUAUGGCUGUUUGGUAGUUAGUGAAACCUUUAGCACGGUUUGCUCAUCUAACUGAUAAAUAACUUUGGAAAAAAUGCAAUGUGUCGUGACGGGAGGAAACGUGAAAGUGCUCGGCAAAGCCCUCCACUCUCUGUCCCGGAUCGGAGACGAGCUGUAUGUGGAGCCUCAGGAAGACGGGCUGGCCCUGCGGUCUGUGAACUCCUCUCGGUCGGCAUAUGCUUGCUUCCUGUUCGCACCACUCUUCUUCAGCAGGUACUCUGUUCCCAGUGGGCUCAACUUCCGCUGCAAGAUGGCAAUAAAGAGUGUGCUGACCGUCUUCAGAUCUCUUGCAACUUUAGAGAAAACGGUGGAAAAAUGUCACAUCAGUCUUGAUGAGCAAAAAGACCGCCUUACUUUCACGCUGCACUGCAAACAUGGCCUUCUGAAGACACAUAACCUGUCGUACCAGGACAGCGAAAGCUUGGAGGCAGUGUUUGAUAAAGACAACUGUGCCAACGUGUUCAGAGCCCAGCCCAGAGUGCUGGUGGACACGGUCGUGCACUUCACUACGUCACUGGAAGAAGUCACCGUGACAGUGAGUGAUGAACGGAUGUGGGUCAGGAAUCAUGUGGAGGACGACGCAGAGCGCUCCAAGGCCAUGCUAACUGAGCUGUGUCUGGCUGCAGAUGAGUUCGACCAUUUUGCCGUCAAAUCUCACAACAGCAUCACAUUUUGUCUAAAGGAGUUUCGGGGUUUGCUGUUGUUUGCUGAGUCCACCGGCCUCCCUGUGUCCAUGUACCUUGAUGAACCAGGCAGCCCUGUGGUGCUUUCAGUAACAGACAGCGUUCUGGAGGGGAAUUUUGUGCUGGCAACACUUUCAGAUGAUCACAGUCUUCAUAAGAGCAACAGAGGAGCCGACGCAGAGCAGCUGCAGCCUCCUGAUGACUUCAUGAAUGACGACAUGGAUGCCUAUCUGAUCGCCAUGGAUACCAGCGUAGCACCAGGUCCCUCCACCGCAGACCCGCCCACAUCCUCAUUAGCCACAUCCAGAAAGCCCCCGGCACCCAAUUACAGGACCAGAACAUACAGUGAGGAGGAGGAAAAUGGGGUAGAAGAUCCAGGGAGACCACCAGAUAAAAAGUUCUGCUCCCUGUUCUUUGGAUCAGUACUUCCUCCAUCCCCUCAGAUGAGCACGCAGCCGGUUACAACUCAGGAGGUGCUGGCCAGCGACAGCGAGGGUGAAACUGAAGCAGAAUGACGCUCAGAGACACGGACUGAUCAGUGCGCUGUUACACCACUGCACCUGGAUUACUUGAAACUUUGGAUCCUACUUUUUGUUUUUACUGGACAGUGCAGAGACUACACAGACCUCCUUCAACGGACAGUGCUGCGCUUUUCUUACUGCAUCCCAAUCAGAGGCUUCUGAUGUUCAUGUUGAACCUAAAAACUGUGAUGAUGUGAAGCUGAACAUGAAGCACUUCAGUUUGUUUUUACUUUCAGUCUGUCUGAUUGAUGGAGAAGCAGUUGCACCAAAGAAAAUAAAUUUGCUUUUCAUAUUAUAUAAA